AUGGGAAUGAACUGCACCGCCGACUUUUGCCUCGUCCCAAUGGGCACCGCAUCCCCGUCAGUCGGCGCCUAUAUCGCGCGCUGCCAGCAAAUCCUCGAACGAUCCGGCCUGAAAUACGAACUCCACGGCUACGGCACCGGCCUCGAAGGCGACUUUACCGAAGUCUGCGAAGCCAUCCGGAAAUGUCACGAAGCGGUCCACGAGAUGGGAUGUCCCCGAAUCGCGACCGAUAUUCGCAUCGGGACACGGAUGGAUAAGGCGAGUAGUUUGGAGCAGAAGGUGCAGAGUGUUAGGGAUCAUUUGGCGAGGGGGGCGGAGGAUGACGAUACUGGGGCUGUUUUGGCCUCAUGA